UGAAAUAUCUGAUCAAGAGAGUAUUAAACAAUAUGGAGAAAUGCAGUUCAGUUCUCCUUUUUACCAAAAUACCCUUCAGGAAGUUGUGACUUCUUCAGGUAUUGGGAGACAAGGUUUUGAAAUGGGUUCUAGAGUUAGGGAAGCUGGCUCAUGGGUAAAUGAUGGAAAUGAAUUGGUUCUUUUUCCAUCUUAUGGAAACCAGAACAAUGGUUCCAGUGUUAAUACUUCUGCUGAAAAGAGUGAUUCUAUGCCGCAGGGCCUAUCACUGUCACUUUCUUCACAUCGACCAUCUGAAUUGCUUACGGUUCAGUUUGGAGGAAGAUUUGGGUCUGAAGAUUUUCAAUCCCAAGCUAAUGGUUCAAGUAGUUCUCAAGAUUCAAAGACUAGUGGUUAUUUGUGUUCAAGUUCAAGUUCAAAAUCACCUCUUACUGUCGGCUAUGGGAGUAUCAUCCAAGGAAAUAUGAGUUCUUCUUCUACAUGUGUUAGACGAAGUACGGCUCCUCUUGGCCCCUUCACUGGGUAUGCAUUGAUUUUGAAAUGUUCUAAGUUCUUGAAACCUGCCCAAUAUCUUCUCGAUGAAUUUUGUAAUGUCACGGGCCCAAGGUUCAUGGGGAUGUGUAAAACAACAGAGAAGGGUUCAAGAAACAUUAUCAGUACAUGUGAUACCGCGAACAUUGAGAUUGAGAUUGGCCCUAGCGCUGGGAGAUCUGGCAUCUCCUCUUCUUCAUUCUACGGUUCUAAUGAAGCUAGUGGUGAAUGUGGAAGUGGAAGUGGACCUUAUCAAUCAUGUCAUCCUGAGUUCCAGCAAAGGAAGGCAAGGCUAUUAUAUAUGCAAGAAGAGAUUUGCAGAAGGUAUAAGCAGUACCACCAGCAGAUGCACAUUGUGGUAUCAUCAUUUGAAUCAGUAGCAGGUCUAAGUGCUGCCACCCCGUACACCACCUUGGCUUUGAAGGCUGUUUCAAGGCACUUCCGGGGCCUGAAGAAUGUCAUCUCAGAUCAGCUUCAACAUAUAAACAGGGCCAUUGGGGAUGAUUUGUCAUCCCCUACCACUGGUACAAGUAGUAGUAAAGGUGAAACAAUUUUACCUAUGCUAAGAUUCAAUGACCGUGUUGUUCAUAAGCAAAAGUCAGGUGGGGACAGUCCAGGCAUCCUUCAACCCCAACAGCACAUCUGGAGACCACAGAGGGGCCUCCCAGAACGUUCAGUUGCUAUUCUUAGAGCAUGGCUGUUUGAGCAUUUCCUUCACCCGUACCCAACUGACACAGACAAGGAUAUGUUAGCUUCUCAAACUGGUCUUACACGAAACCAGGUAUCAAACUGGUUCAUCAAUGCUCGAGUGCGGGUAUGGAAACCUAUGGUUGAGGAGAUACACAUGCUUGAAACCAAAGGAUCUGCUGAGGCCAACCUGACUUCCAGUAGUAAUGUUGGUGAACCUGUUGCCACCAGUGGUAGCACUGAGCCCAUGGGAGAUCAUAACCUAAACAAGUUCACAGUAGAUGCAGUGUCUGAGAAAGGAUCCGAAUGCUCGGGAGUGGUAGCAUUGCCAAACAGGGAGGAUGAUCAGAGUUCUGAACAGUGUAAACAGGGGAAGCGUUUGAGAAUGGAGCAUCAGUUUCCAGCAGAUGUUUGUGGGGGCUUGAUGGGUUUUAUGCCAUACAACCAACACAGGCUAGAGAUUGGGGGGGUAGGAGCUGUGUCACUCACCUUAGGUCUUAGACACAGCGCCGAGGGUGCACAACAGCUGCAGCAUAGGCAGGAAAGACAACAGGAACAUCAGCUAAUCAGUCAUUUUGGGGCUCAGAUGGUUCAUGAUUUUGUGGGUUGAUUUUGGGCUUAAACCUGGAAGGGGGUGGGGGGGGAGGGGAGAUGGGUGAGGGAAGAGAGGAAGAAAUGUUGCUAUAUAUUUAUUGGCUUUGUACUUGCAUGAAUAGAUUUGAUAGAAAUGAUGGCUGAACAGGUUAUCUAGGGGCAGUCGAGCAACCCAAAAGAUUCACUUGGAAUUGAUGUAUCUGGUUUUCUAUCGAUGGAGUUGGUGUUGAAGGCCCACUGUGGGUCUCUGUUGAUGUGGGAAAUG